UGGCAAGCCUGACUUGUGAGACCAAACUGCCUGGGUCAAAGUCCCAAAACUGCUCUGUAUUUUGCACAUUCACAAUGGAGAUUCCUAUUUUUAUCGUGGAUGCCUUUACUAAUUUACCAUUUAAGGGGAACCCAGCAGCUGUUUGUCUUUUAAAACAUGAGCUGCUCGAUGAAUUGUAUCAGAAGAUAGCAGCGGAAAUGAACUUAUCGGAAACUGUCUUCAUCACCACGGUCAAGCCUUCUGAGGAUUUCACAAAGGACUCAAGGUUCCGCCUCCGUUGGUUCACACCGACCACAGAGGUCAACCUGUGCGGUCAUGCCACUCUGGCCUCUGCCGCUGUGCUCUUCAAACACAAGCAAAAUGUGAAUUCUGCUGUGGUAUUUGAAACCAGGAGUGGAGAUCUGUCUGUUGGACAGGAGGGUGAGGAUUUAGUGAUGGAUUUUCCCCUCAACGCACCCACCAAGAAGGCUCCUGAGCAUUUUAGAGACCUUAUCAAGGCCUCAGUAGGAGAUUACCCAGUCCAGGACGUUUAUCUGUGUUCCAACACUAAGAAACUACUGCUGCGACUGGCGGACACCUGUGACAGGUCAGUCCUUAGCAGUCUCAAAGUCAACCCUGAAGCCCUACGAAGCAGCGACCAGAGCGGACGAGUCAAAGGCCUGAUAAUCACCGUGAAAGGAUCUCCAAAUUGCCAGCCAGGAUAUGAUUUCUACUCCAGAUAUUUUGCCCCCUGGAACGGAAUUCCGGAGGAUCCUGUCACAGGUUCUGCACACACAGUCCUGGCUAGCUACUGGUCUAAAGAACUGGGAAAGAAGAAAAUGCUUGCAUUCCAGUGUUCCAAGCGAGGUGGAGAGCUGCAGCUCGAGGUGAGAGAAGACGGAAGGCUCAAUAUAAUGGGGAAGAGCGUCACCGUGCUGCAGGGAACGAUCACACUGUAGACACCUGCAGAAAAGAGCGCCUUAACUCCUAAGGCACGAUUAUUGUAUUGUGGUUUACAAUACAAGGUUUAUACAC